AUGGCAGCUCCUGGAGACCAGUACGAUCCCAAUGCUGGUGAUGGAGACCCGUCCAGUAGCAACAGGCCUAGGACUGGCCUCGAUUUCUUGCGAGGCCCUGUUACAGAAGCUGAAACCAGCCCUUUGCCUGAGCCCUCUUUUGACAGCGAGGGGUGGCAAUAUCCCGUGCGCAAAGUUCCGCCACAGUCACCACCGCGGCAGCAGGAGCUAGGCAACGAGGACGCUGUAUGGCAGGCUCCCAAACGCGUUGAGGCGGACACCAUUGUCCGCGACCACGUGGAAACGACGGAGAUCGUGACCGAAGCACCUGAAUCUUCUAAUUCGGUGGCGCUGAAACGACCCCGCUACACGCAGACGACCAUUGGGUUUGGCACCGGCACGCCUCUCGUGAAACCUCCUCCUCCGCCACCUCCCUCUGUCACUCUAGCGCCGUCUCCUCUCAAGCUGAAUGCCGCUGAACGCACGACAGCGAAGUUCCUGGAGGCUCAGCGAAACUACAUCACGAAAUGGCUCCCGCAAUUCGACUGGCUGUUGCUCGACAAGGGUGAGGAUGGGCUGCCUCGUUUGCGUUGCAGUGUGUGCAGUGAACAUGGCCCAGACAACGCACGUUACGGGAGGAAUGGUUGCGGCGGACGCGACUUGCAGCCGGCGUCUAUGCGUGCGCACCAGGCAAGCACUCGCCACGAGGACUGCAUCGAUCGUCAGAAGGGUCUCUUCGACAAGCUGGCGGCGCAGAAGAAAAUUGCCGACUACGAGAGAGCCGACCCUGAGGGCGCGCGCGUGAUCAGGCUCAUGCGGAGCAUUCAGUUUGUUUGCGACGAAGACGCACCGAUCUCAAUGUUCCCGCGCCUCGUGGAGUUUCUGGCCAGGGAGGGUGUUUCCGACAUCCCUCAGCAGGGCUACGGCGUUUACAUCACUGAAGAAGUACUAGCGGUGAAGGAGUUGGCGCUGAAGUACAAGGACCUUGACAUCGUCGAUGCUGCAAUCCGAGGGCUUGGCGACAUCGUCACCAAGUCUUCCGUCUGGCAUGAACGCUUCAAGGAGCUGCAGCAAGAAUUUCACCAGACAAACCUGGAGCACCAAGGGCUUUUUGACGUGAGGUGGCUGUCGCGUGGAGAUGCUGUGCAGCGGCUGUGCAAGGUCCUUGGUGUGGCGGUCGUGGUAUUCAUUGAGUACGGCCACAAGUUGGCCGCCAUGCUUCAGACGCUGAAGUUCCACUUCUGCGUCUACUUCUUGGCGGAUCUCCUGGCGGAGAUCAACGCCCUCAACAAAUGGUUCCAGCGACGGAAAGUUGACAUCACGCUCGUGCACCAGGAGGUGGACCGCACGAUCGCCUGCAUUAGGCUGCGCUACGUGGAAUACGACAACGGCUUCGGAGGGGGGGUCAGCAAGCUGCUGUCGCCAUUCAUCGCACGUAUGGCCAACGGGAAAAGGAAGAUCAAAGUGGACGGCGUGGAUGCGGAGGGCGAGCCAACAUCGCAUGAGAUCGAGCUGAGCGAGGAGCCGAUAAAAGGGCACAAGUUCGGCGGAACGAUGGCCGACUGCAUCAAGCUCUGUAAGGCGUUUGCGGUGGAGGUGGCGACAAAUCUGCACACACGCAUGCACAGCCUGAAGGAAAUGGAGGGCAGCAAGCUGUACAAGGUGGAGACGUGGCCAGAAGCGACAGACAAACGGGAGCGACGGGUGGUACAGUGGCUGGAUGGCAAUGCGCGUGUCUUCAAGAACAGGCUGCCAGGUGUGUUGAUGUUCACGUGGCAGUCAGUUCCCAUCCAUGUGCAGUUUGCUAGAGCGAAGUCGGUAUACUAA